GUUCAAUUACUUUUACACUCUCUUUUUAUAACUAUUCAUAGAUCUAUCUUUCGCGGUAACGUGAUAACUUAUAUUAUAAUAAUGUUGAUACCUUUACGUUCUAUAUGCAGGGCUCAAUUUGCUCGGACUUCUCGAGGUUUUGCGACUGUAUCACCUGUGGUUGGUCACAACCGGAAUCAUAAGAUUGUUGUAGUGGGUGGUGGCUCCGCUGGGCUUUCUAUCAGUCAUCAGCUCCUUAGACAAGCAAAUCUCCAUCAAGACGAUAUUGCCAUCAUUGACCCAGCCACCUGGCAUCACUAUCAACCCGGAUGGACUCUUGUCGGAGGUGGUCUUAAGACAAAAGAGAGUCUCCGAAAACCUUUAAAGGAUUUGAUUGAUUCUAAACUUAAGUUUUACAAUACCGGCGUGGAGGGCUUUUCCCCAGAUGAAAACUUCAUUACGCUGAAGAACGGGGAUAUUGUCAAUUAUGACCAACUCGUUGUUGCUCCAGGCAUUACAGUUGAUGUUGGAAGUGUGAAAGGUUUAUUCGAAGCACUUGGAAACCCCGACUCUCUUGUGUCCUCUAUAUACAAUUACGACACUUGCGAUAAGGUCUUUGGUACCAUACAGAAACUACAAAAGGGAAAGGCCAUUUUCACUCAACCAGCCGGUGUAAUAAAAUGUGCUGGUGCUCCGCAGAAAAUUAUGUGGCUAGCAUUGGACUAUUGGAAACGUGCUGGCCUAUAUGAUGUUAAGAAUCCUUCAAAUUCCGCGAUAAACGUUUCUUUUGCCACCGGUCUCCCAACAAUGUUUGGAGUUCCUAAAUAUAGUGCCACGCUUGAGGAAUUGAGAAAAGAAAGGUUCGUGGAAGGGCUGUUUCAGCAUGACCUUACCGCCAUAGAUGGUAACAGGGCGAUUUUUACUCAACCAGAUGGCAAAGGACAGGUUACGAGAGAGUUUGAUCUUUUGCAUGUGGUACCAAAGAAUAAACCACAUGAUUUCGUCAAGAAUAGUGUACUCGCAAAUGAUGCUGGCUAUGUCAACGUCGACGAAGGAACUACACGUCAUAUCAAAUAUCAUAACGUCUGGUCUGCUGGAGACGCUUCGAGUUUGCCAACUUCUAAAACAGUUGCAGCGAUCACUGCAGAGGCACCAGUUUUGGUUCGAAACUUACUAUUGGCUAUUGAUGGUCGUGAACCGGAGCAAAUUUACGAUGGUUAUACAUCGUGUCCUCUCUUGACUGAAUAUGGAAAGGUACUUCUUGCAGAAUUCAAGUACGGCGGAGUACCAAAGGAGACAUUCAACAAAUGGUUCGGCAUUGAUCAAGCUAUUCCGCGAACAGAAUUUUAUUAUUUGAAGAAGAAUUUCUUUCCAUGGGUGUACGGGAAGUACAUGGUGAAGGGUACUUGGGGUGGGCCAAAGGGUUGGAUCAAAUGAUCACAGUACCUUUCAGAUCAACCAAAUCAUAUCAAUAAUAACAAUUUCUUUAUGAGAAAAUAAUCUCUUGAUUAGCGAUGUUCUACGAAUCCUUUGAGAGUGUAGUGUCAAUAAGUUCUUCAAACCUAAUUCGAGGUAAUAAUUACUCAGGGCCACUUGUGGGUAGAUGAAUUAAUGGAACACUUGACCUUUUAAAUUCUCAAUAAAUUCAUUCUGCAAUUAUUUGAUAUUAGAUUUAAUCAAUCUACUAUCAAAUCUUUAAUAAACUGCUGUAAGAAUUCUCA